AUGCCCGACGAGCUAGACGUCACACUUCCUAGUAGACUUCCGCUGCUGAGAAGCGUCGAAGAUGGUGUGAUCACAGUCAGCACUGAGCUGGCCGACGUAGAGAAGGAACUGGAACCGGAUGCCGAGGACGAAGUCAAAGACGCAGACAAUGUGAUUGUUGUGCUCGAGAUGACAAUGAUGCUGUAUGUCGAGGUAGUGACCAAGGAGUUCGACGUCGAAGGGAGAGACGACCGCGUUGAUGCUGACGACAAGGAGCUCCUUUGCGAGGUUGACGAGCUGGUUCCUGCUAGAGUGGCGUUACCAGCAGCAGAGGCAGAUGAGGUCCGACUGAGUGACGAUGUCGGAGUUAGAGUCGAGCUGGACGCGGUGAACGUCGACACAGUGAAGUUGUUCGUAAAGGUCGUAGUCGUGGCGAAGACACCAGUACUGAAGGUGGGACUGUAG